GGCGCCACCGGUUCGAUCUAUGCCCCACCAACAACCGAGCCCGAGAUUCGCUUCCAACACUGAUGACCGUUUGAAUAAGCACUACCACUGUUUGCAGCAACACGGCUAUGGAUACAUUCCAACUAAUUUUCCAUUUCUACAUCGAUCAGCUACUCAGCCUUCUAGGUUGGUCAAUCUUCAGUAGUAUAGUGGUCAGUAUUUCCGCUUGUCACCAUCACUGGCAACUCGCGGGAGACCGGGGUUCAAUUCCCCGCUGGAGAGUUUCCUUUUGCCAAUCUUUUUUGGACGCUCCGAUUCACAGGUCACAGCGGCGGUCUCAUUGGCCAGAGUGAUGAGAGCAGGGCGUCUCGAUAAUGCUAGGAAUCAUUUCAGAUUUUAGACGCCAUACGGAACGCGACGACGCUUUAGUUUUUGAGUGCUGUUUUCGAGUG